AUGUUCAUCGUUAACUGGUUCUGGGACGUUCUCGCCUCUCUGGGGCUCCUCAAUAAGCAUGCCAAACUCCUCUUUCUCGGCCUAGAUAACGCGGGUAAGACCACGUUGCUACAUAUGUUAAAGAAUGACCGAGUCGCCAUCCUACAACCUACUCUACAUCCCACCUCCGAAGAGCUCGCAAUAGGCAAUUGCCGAUUCACAACCUUCGAUCUCGGUGGCCAUCAACAAGCCCGUCGUUUGUGGAAAGAUUACUUCCCCGAAGUCUCCGGGAUCGUGUUCCUCGUCGACGCAAAAGAUCACGAACGCUUCGCGGAGUCGAAAGCCGAGCUCGAUGCCCUCCUUGCAAUGGAAGAGCUGAGCAAGGUCCCAUUCUGUAUCCUUGGGAAUAAAAUUGAUCACCCAGAUGCUAUCAGCGAGGAGGACCUUAGGCAUCAGCUGGGCAUGUGGCAGACGACAGGAAAGGGUAAGGUGCCGUUGGAGGGUGUGAGGCCGAUUGAGGUCUUCAUGUGCAGUGUUGUUAUGCGGCAAGGGUAUUACGAAGCUUUCCGUUGGCUGUCCAACUACGUCUAA